ACCUGAGCAAGGGGACAGGCGGUCACACGGACGUGAAGCCUCACUUCCUACCCUCGGCACCCAGGGCCAGAGUCAGAGCAGCAGAAACUAUUCACCAUGUGUGACGAAGAUGAGACCACCGCUCUUGUGUGUGACAACGGCUCUGGCCUGGUGAAAGCUGGCUUUGCCGGGGAUGAUGCCCCCAGGGCUGUGUUCCCAUCCAUCGUGGGCCGACCCCGUCACCAGGGUGUCAUGGUAGGUAUGGGUCAGAAGGACUCCUACGUGGGUGAUGAGGCCCAGAGCAAGCGAGGUAUCCUGACCCUGAAGUACCCCAUUGAACAUGGCAUCAUCACCAACUGGGACGACAUGGAGAAGAUCUGGCACCACACCUUCUACAAUGAGCUGCGUGUGGCCCCUGAGGAGCACCCGACUCUGCUCACCGAGGCCCCCCUGAACCCCAAAGCUAACCGGGAGAAGAUGACUCAAAUCAUGUUUGAGACCUUCAACGUGCCUGCCAUGUAUGUGGCUAUCCAGGCGGUGCUGUCCCUCUAUGCCUCCGGCCGUACCACCGGCAUCGUGUUGGAUUCUGGGGACGGUGUCACCCACAACGUGCCCAUCUAUGAGGGCUAUGCCCUGCCACACGCCAUCAUGCGUCUGGACCUGGCCGGUCGCGACCUCACUGACUACCUGAUGAAAAUCCUCACUGAGCGUGGCUAUUCCUUCGUGACCACAGCUGAACGUGAGAUUGUGCGCGACAUCAAAGAGAAGCUGUGCUAUGUGGCCCUGGACUUCGAGAAUGAGAUGGCCACCGCUGCCUCUUCCUCCUCCCUGGAGAAGAGCUAUGAGCUGCCCGACGGGCAGGUCAUCACCAUCGGCAAUGAGCGUUUCCGUUGCCCGGAGACGCUCUUCCAGCCUUCCUUUAUCGGUAUGGAGUCUGCGGGGAUCCAUGAGACCACCUACAACAGCAUCAUGAAGUGCGACAUCGACAUCAGGAAGGACCUGUACGCCAACAACGUCAUGUCAGGGGGCACCACCAUGUACCCUGGUAUCGCUGACCGCAUGCAGAAGGAGAUCACAGCUNUGGCUCCCAGCACCAUGAAGAUCAAGAUCAUCGCCCCCCCUGAGCGCAAGUACUCAGUGUGGAUCGGUGGCUCCAUCCUGGCCUCGCUGUCCACCUUCCAGCAGAUGUGGAUCACCAAGCAGGAGUACGACGAGGCUGGCCCCUCCAUUGUGCACCGCAAAUGCUUCUAGGCGCACCCGCGUCUGCGUUCGCGCUCUCUCUCCUCAGGACAACAAUCGACAAUCGUGCUGUGGUUGCAGGGUGGCCCUGUCCUCUGCCGUGGCUCCAUCGCCGCCACUGCAGCCUGCGCCUGUUUUUGACGUGUACAUAGAUUGACUCGUUUUACCUCAUUUUGUUAUUUUUCAAACAAAGCCCUGUGGAAGGAAAUGGAAAACUUGAAGCAUUAAAGCCAGCCAUUCUGUUUUGCUCCAA